GGUGGGCAGGAGAAAACACUUUGGACGACAGACUCCAGGAAACACUGGGUUAAAAAUACGCGCUCGGUUACUAGAAAUAGACUUGGAUAACUUCAUCAAAGUUCGGAGCGCGUUUUUUUUUUCUCCGUGCGCUUUUUCGCGUGCUGACGCUUUUACGCAUAAAAAAGGACUCUGGACCGGACUGUGUCUGGGACUGGAGACAAUACUAACCAACAAGAACCGCCACUCUUUUCUUUUUUUUGUCUUUCAGAUCCUCUUCUCAUAAAAAGAGGAACUGAAACCAUUUGGAUUGUGCUCGAUUUGGUGGAUGAUCUCAUUUUUUCAGCAUCUGUCGGACUGUUUUUUUUUUUUUCUUCCAUUCCGACGCAUGUCUUUGGAUGUUUUGCGCUGCUGAGAUGCGCUGAUGGAGUCCGGGGAUGUCUCUAAGAUGACUGCAGCUUUAUUCUUAAGAAGUAACAUGUGUGGAUUGAGAUUUGUCCUUUUUCUGGUCGUUGGCUCUGUUUGGCGGACGGUGAAUGGAGGCGCUCUGACAGAUUUGGAGUUCGAGCGCAGCCCCGCUACCGUCAUCUCGUCUUUGGGAAAACCAGUAACAUUGCACUGCACUCUUAAGGGAACAGGAGGCGAGGAGGAGGACCCCCCUGAUGUUGUCUGGCUGAGGGACGGCGUUCACCUUCAGUACGGCGACACUAACCAGUUCCAGGUCCAUACUGGUAGCAACACGUGGACCAUCAUGAGCACACUCAGGAUUGAGAAAGUCCAGCUUCCCGACAUGGGCUCGUACCGUUGUGCUGUUUUUGUUGAAAGCGACCAGACUUUAUCAGACGAGGGGGGCAUUCAGCUGGAAGGCCUUCCUCACUUCUCCGUGGAGCCUCAGCACAUGUCUGUGGUGGCCAACAUGUCCUUGAGCCUUUGCUGUGUGGCCCAUGGGCCUCCAGAACCGGUCAGGGUCAUCUGGCUGCAGGACGGCGCGCCCCUCAACACCCUGACCGACCCGGUGGCGCUGUCACCAUCCACGCUCAACAUCACAGGUUUGAACAGAACCAGCACUUUCUCUUGUGAGGCCCAUAACCGGAAGGGCGUGGCCACCUCUGGGUCUGGCAUCAUCACCGUCCUUCCAUCCCAACCUCAGAACCUGAAAGCUGUGGAGAUCACUCAGAACAGCCUCCAUGUUUCUUGGCACCCUGGUUUUGGUGGCGACUACCCAAUCAUACGCUGCUCUGUUCAGGCUAAACGUUCAGGAGAGCCCUUCACAUCUGGGCCUGAUAAGAUGAUCCACAACCAGAACGUGAACAUCCCACCAGCCACCCACCUCAUCGGGGACCUGGAGCCCCACAGCCUCUACGCUGUGAGGGUUUCCUGUCACAGCAGCCAGGGCCCAUCAGACUGGUCGCCCUGGGUGGAGCUACGCACCAAAGAAGGAGUGCCUGAAAACCCACCGGUGAACGUGACGGCCGUGUUAAAUGGGACAGAGGUGCUGAUGGCGUGGGAGGGGCCUCCUGGGAAUCUGAACGGAAAACUACAGGGUUAUAUGGUGGAGUACAGCACGCCUGUUCAGCCACAGCUUGUUGUGGACACUGGACUGGACUCAGAGCUGUCAAUCAACUUGUCCCUCCCCCUGUCCAAUGUGACUUUUCGAGUAUGUGCCUAUACAGGGGCCGGACAGGGACCCUGGACCCAAACCCAGACCCUGAUGCUGAUUACUCCUGAAAUGGGGGAAUUUAAAGGUCCAUCCUCGCCCCCGGCCUUUUCCUGGCACUGGUGGUAUGUGGUGAUGGCCAUCGCUGGCGCCGUGUCCAUAGCUGUGCUCAUGGCUGUUUACGUGGCCAAGCUGCGGCGUAAGGAGACGCGUUUUGGAGAGGCAUUCGAGCCCAUGAUGGAAAGCGGGGAGCUGGUGGUCCGGUACCGGGCUCGUCGGACUUACAGCCGCAGGACAACGGAGGCAACAUUGAACAGUCUGGGCAUCAGCGACGAGCUUAAGCAGAAACUCCAAGACGUUAUGGUGGACAGACAUAAACUAACCCUGGGAAAGACCCUGGGAGAAGGCGAGUUUGGCUCCGUGAUGGAAGGUCUGCUGACUCAGGAGGAGUCUGUUCUCAAAGUUGCUGUCAAGACUAUGAAGAUUGCCAUCUGUACACGCUCAGAAAUGGAAGAUUUCCUCCGUGAAGCCGCCUGCAUGAAGGAGUUUGACCACCCCAAUGUCAUGAGGCUUUUAGGUGUGUGUCUUCAGACUGUGGAGAGUGAAGGGUACCCCUCCCCUGUGGUCAUCCUGCCUUACAUGAAACAUGGAGACCUGCACAGUUACCUGCUGUACUCCAGACUGGGAGACUGUCCUGUGUACCUUCCCUCUCAAAUGCUGGUAAAGUUUAUGACCGACAUCGCCCGUGGGAUGGAAUACCUCAGCAGCAAGAACUUCAUCCACAGAGACCUCGCUGCUCGCAACUGCAUGCUGAAUGAGAAUAUGAACGUAUGUGUAGCCGACUUCGGUCUUUCCAAAAAGAUCUACAACGGAGAUUACUACAGACAGGGCCGGAUCUCCAAGAUGCCCGUCAAAUGGAUCGCCAUCGAGAGCUUGGCCGACAGAGUCUACACCACCAAGAGUGACGUGUGGUCAUUUGGAGUCACCAUGUGGGAGAUCGCCACGCGGGGCCAGACGCCAUACCCCGGGGUGGAAAACAGCGAGAUUUACGAUUAUUUGAGACAAGGAAACCGUCUGAAACAGCCUCCGGACUGUCUGGACAGCAUCUACGCCCUCAUGUUUUCCUGUUGGCUCCUGAGCCCGAAGGACCGCCCGUCGUUCGAGUCCCUGCGCUGCGAGCUUGAAAAGGCCCUGGAAGACCUGCCGGAUCCCCAGGACCCGGACGAGAUCCUGUACGUGAACAUGGACGAGUCGUCGAUGGAGCUGGGCGCCGUGGGAGGCCGCGACCCCAUCUCCCCCUCCCCUCUGUGCCUGAAGGGCCUGGACUCUGUGACCACCGUGGAGGUCCACCACCCCAACCGCUACGUCCUCUGCCCCCAACACGAGGCCAACAGAGCCCUGUCCGACUCCCUGGAGAGUCUGGACAUGCCGGUGUCGUCGUCCACAGCCACGCUGCCUCUACAGCCGUCCUGCCACUCCACCCCCAACCCCACCCCGGCGCCCACGCCCACCGUGGAGCUGCUGGAGGACAGGGACGGGAACAGGAAGAUGCCCUGGCAGUGAUGGCGUCCCCCCCUUUAAAACUGGUCUAAGCCAAAGUGUGCCAUUGUUUCACUCCAGUCUGAGAUCCAGCCUCCUUCUGCUGACUCCAAACACCUGAUGUGCCCCGACACAUGUUUUGCACAAAUACACACACAGCCGAAGGCAUUCCAAGAAAAUGAAUCAGGACUAUUUCUAGCGUCGACCCCGUUCUCUUUUCUAAAACGAGCACAUUCCCAAAUGAGCGUUGAAUGAAUGUGCAGCGACGGGAUGAACAAACACUGUGCUAACCACAGACAGAGUUCAGAGCACACACUGCAGCACAAUCAUUCCCUCGUCGCUAUAGCAAUAACACAACACCUCUGUCCAACUACCUGUACGCAGGUGGAGAUGCCCUCCACUCUACGUCAUUAAGCUACAAACGUCUCUGUGAAACCAGCUCAGACACUGCCGGACCGUCAACGCAAACUCAGGAGCUUCAACUGCAGCGAAUCCACCUUCUGGAAACUGAGUCGAGCUUUAGUGGAAACAGAAGCGUGGCUGCUUCAUGUUUACUACAACUUUAUGAAGACUUCAGGCUCAUGAUGUCGACUCGUAAACCCGAAAAUCUGUUUUCUUUUUUUUUUUUUUUACAUUUUAUUUUUAUAGUUUGAGCAGGUGUUUUGAUGGACGUCUCUACUCCCCCUGAAGAAUUAAGCAGUGAAAAACAGUGGAAACCGCUUAUAAUGAUCACGAUAGACGUGUGUUACGUAUUUAUGUGCAUUUUGAAGUAUCGCAUUACAAAAGGUUAAGGGAAAUCCAGUUUUUAUGCUCAUUUGGGGCAGUUUUUUGGCUUGACAGUAGGAUCAACUUGCAAAAAUGGAAUAUAAUAUUGAUAAUUAUGUUUAUUAUCAGUGCAUAAUGACAUGAAAACAUGAAUCGCUGUGUGUUUGUUGCCUUAGACUGAGCCACUUAUAUGGAUUUCUAUUUUUUUUACGUUUUAUGUUGGGUGACAUGCAGCGUUAAAUGUUAUUUCUGAAUGUGGACCAAAGUUAUUUACCCCUAAACCACAAGAACCAGAACAGACUCAGGUUUUAACAGGAGGCCUUUUCCUAUUUUAGCAGCCGGUGUAGGUGAGCGGUAUGUGUGACGCAUUCAUUUGCAGCUUUAACGCUAAAUGUAGGAAAAUGGAAACAGUUGUCGCGACCAAAUUCUGACUCAAGCAUUAAUCACACCGGAUUUGUAUAACCUGAGAUUUAUAAAUUCACCCUCCAUGUCUGGAUUUCAUGUGGUACAUUCACACUGAAUAAAUGAAGUGUUUUUUUUUACUCAGAUUUACAGAUUUUACCCCCAUAUAAAUAUAUAUACAUAUAUUAACCUAU